AUGUAUGAUAACAGUAAUACACCUAAAUAUUCAUCUGGUAAUUCUGCUAUGAACAAUUCUUGUUUUCCUGCAUCGAAUACCAGUACUUAUCGAUCUCUAUAUCAAAAUGAAAUGAAUUCUACAUCCGGCAAAGUCAUGUCUUAUCCUCAACCCACACGUUAUCCAUCUCAAUUUAAUGAGUCAAAAGGUUAUAUACCUCCGUUACAAAUGACUUGUCCACCUAACAUAUCUACUAGUGCUGCUGAUUUAGAUUCAAAUUAUGCUUAUCCAUUUAAUACUCAUUCAUCGACGUAUGUUCAACCAUCAACAAAUGAAUAUCAUCUUCCUUCUGUUCAAGAUAAUGAUAAUAAUUUGUUUAAAACUAAAUCAAUUCAGUCGAAUGUAUGUAAAUCUCCAAGUUGUACAAGCAUAUCCUCAUAUGUUCCAGAUGAUAUCGAUUCAAGUAAUUCAUCUUUUUCUGAUAGUCCAUCAAUAUCAAAUGAAAAAAUUUCUCAAAAACGUAAAACUUGUCAAACUACUUCAGUCGAAGUAUUUAAUAAAUUACGUGAAAUGGGUAAUGAACAAGAACGAAAUUUAUUUGUUGAUCGUUUACAAAAAUUAUGGGAAGAACAUCAUGUUAUUUGCCGAAAACUGCCAACUAUAUCUCGGCAAACUAUUGAUUUAUAUCGUUUAUAUGUGUAUAUUCGUGAACAAAAUGGUUUUGAGCAGUUUUCAAAAAUAGCAAAAAAUCGUCAUUGGCGUGAUAUCGCAUCAAAAUUAAAUAUUCCGAAUACUACAACUGCACCUUUUCAUGUUAAGCAAAAAUAUAUUAAUCUAAAAUUAUUUCAUUUUGAAUGUAAAUAUGACCGAGGCGGUAUUGAUCCUGAUCUUAUAUUAGCAGAAAUUGACAAAGCACAAGACAAACAUCUGAAAACAGCAAAUAAGAAAAAUAAUAAAAAAUUAGCAUCUGUUCAAGAUCAAUUAAUGCAACCAUCAAACCAAUCUUCAUCAAUUGAACAAAGUGGUAUGGAUACUUCGCCAUCACAACAAUCUCGAACAAUUGCAUCGAUUGAGUCAAAAACAUUACAAUCGCCCAGUUUAAUUUCUACUUCAUCUAUUUCAAGUACAAAUUAUCAAUUACAACAAGUUCCUACGUUGACUAAUCAUUUUUCAAAAAAAUCGGAAGAUUUAUCUGACUUAAAUUCGACAUCAAAACCUAUUUCCUUUCCAAUAAAUUCUGUUGAAGCAACAACUAUUUCAUCUAAAAUUAAACGGAAAAAAUUAACCGUUAAGGACGUUACACCAAUUGAUUCAAUGAAAUUACUUAUGUCAUUACGUGGUGGUCUAUUAGCUGAAACCACCUGGGCAUUAGAUACAAUUAACAUAAUGCUAAGUGAUGAUCAAACACAUACAUAUUUAGAUUUAAAACAAAUGCCUGGUUUACUACAAGCAAUUGUUGAUAUCUAUAGUAAAUGUUUAACACAAUUAUUCGAUGGAUUUAAAAUUGAAAAUGAACAAGUUUUAAAUGAUUCAAGACAAGACUACCAAUAUAAACAAGAACAUGACUCAGUUAUUUAUCGAAUUGAAUCAAAUUAUUUAAAUGAAUAUCAACAAAAAUAUAUUAAACAACAGAAUAUUAUUUAUGAGAAUGUGUAUGAUGAUCAUGGAAAAUUAAAGAAUAAUCCCGAAGAUGUUCUAGAACUUCAAAAUACAAAUGAUUUAAGUUAUAUUCAAACUCAUUUUGAUCCAUUACAUAAAGAAGAUAAUUAUUAUGAAAAUCUUUAUUAUGGUCAUCAUUUUGAUGAUACAUUAUCGGCAGAUGAACACGAUCAAGAACCAAUAAAAAAGUCUUAUACACCAUUACGUAAACAUAUUACAACAUAUGAAAUCGAUAAUACAAAAUUUCAUGAUCAGAAUUCUGAUCUAUUACUAAAUAUAUCAGAUAGUAAUAAAGAAUUUCUUCAACGUUAUAAACGAAAAUUUCAAUCUGACGACAGUUCUUCUCAUAUUUAUUUGACAGAUUUUAAUUCUUUUCCUAAUUUAAAUGAUCAAGAAGAAAGUACAUCAACAUUAUUUACUCAAUAUUCAUUUGGUUAUGAUCAAAUAUGUUCUCGUUGUAUAUGUGUAUCAUCAAUUAUACGAAAUCUUAGCUUUAUAUCAGGCAAUGAUAUUGAAUUGAUUAAAAAUAAAACAUUAAUUCAUGUAUUAGCUCGCCUUUUAUUACUUGGACAUACCAUGAAUCAUACCAAUAAAACAAUUUCUCUGUCAAAUGAACAAAUAAAAGAAUCAUCGAAUGAUCAUAUCAUAAACGAUUAUUUAUCAAAGAACGAAAAUCAGAACACUUCAUCAUCAUUUUCUUUAUCUGAAUGUUUAAUAAAUAUUCGUGAAAAUACUCUAGUCACAUUAGCUAAUAUUGCUGGUGUACUUAAUUUUGAUACAUAUGAUUCAUAUUUAAUAAAUCAAUUAAUUAAUGGUCUAUUACAUUGGUCAACAUGUUAUUCAGGUGAAGCUAUUGAUCCAUUACAAUCAUCGUAUAUUUCUGCUCAACAUCUAUCUAUUGAAAUUUUAACUAAAUUAAGUGUACAUGAUAUGAAUAUGGACUUUAUUUUAGCAACACCAUCAUUUUAUUCUAUAAUAUCUUUAUUUCAUAUAUUAACUGAUUGGUUAAAUGUGGAUAAUAUGAAUAGUAAUAUAUCAAAUUCAUAUACAAAUGUAACACGAUCUCAAGCAUAUAUUCAACGUGAAUUUGCAAUUGUUUUAUUAAAUGCUUUAGUACGAUGUGAUUCAAAUGCUGCUCAUAUUAUUGCAAAUAUUCCAUAUACAAUAUCAUUAUUAAUUAAUUUUUUAGAAGAUUAUGAAAGAAAAACUACAGAAUUAAUAACACGUUAUGGUUCAGAUUAUGUUUUACGUUUAAUCAAUACUCAAGAAACAGAACAAAUAUUAUUUACAACAAAUGAUAUGUUAGCACGUGCAGCAACAUGUUUAUUAUCGAUGAUUAAUUAUACAGAUAAUAUUAAAAUAAUGAAAAAAUAUGAAGAUCGUAUUUUAAAUUUAUCAAUAUCAAAUGUUAUGGAUCGAAAUAUUGGACGAAUUCUUACAGAUAUUUUACAUUAUUGUUCAUUAUACAACAGUUAA